AAUAAAUUCGAUUUCAUCUUCCUUUGAUACCAGUGUAUUGCUCAAACAUACUGAGCUAUCAAGCCAGCGGGGGAUACAACACUCUCCUUCUUUGUGUUUUCAAGUUGCCCACGAAAUAGUUUACCUGGCUUUCUUUCUUCCCCCUUCAAAGCUUUGUCUUCAGAUUUAGUUUAGCCACAACGCAAGGAUCUGUGGAGAUUGGAAACAAGUCCCACAGAAGGAGAUCGAGUCCAAUCAAAGUGAUCCUCAACGAUCUCAACUUUCCUUCUUGAAAAUUUAGCAGAUAUCUAACCCUAGUUAUAAUGUAUUUUUUGUAAUUUUAUUUUCUAUCCAAAUUUCUACGUAGAAUAUUCUAGUUUUCGAGACAUACAACACGCCCUCUUACGCAGUACGACAAAAAUGCAAAAACACACUUUCGAGCGAAAGCUCAAAAGAUACUAAGGAUAAUAUUUUUCUUCAUUGAAUAGCUACUGGUGGCUCCAAUGAGAAAAAGGAAAAAGAAAAGUUAUCAAAGUUCUGAAUUGCAUCAUUUGUGAUGUGUCAGCAAAACCUAAUGAGGAAGAGUAAGUGUUCUCUUCCCUUUUUCCCUUUUAUUUUCGUUCGAGAAAGGAAUAGAGAAAUUCUUAGCUUUUUCAUUCGCACCGAUAAUUACUUUGUGAAGAUUUAGUUUAUCUGAACAUUUAGGGGUUACGAAACGAAGAUUGAAGCAAACUUAGAACUGCAUCGAGCGUAAUCUACCCAGUGGAACCUGGGUACCAGGAUGCCAGAUGUUUGUUGACGUCACAACACGAGGCUUUCAGUUUUCAAAACAUCAUGGCGACAGCUGUGAUAUUAAAUGCAAGGAAAUUUUUCCCGGAUUUUCAAUGCAAACGUCAUGUAACAUCAUCAAAGGAGAAAGAAAAUCAUCUUCAUGAAACCUAAAACUUUAAGAAAAUCACGAUUAGCCGGAGCUGUCGCUGUGGAAGGCUCUAGAGCUCGAAGAAGUCAAGCGAACUCGAUAAAGCUUCACGGGUCUGUAAAGAAAAUUGUUGUUUGGAUAAGACGGCAUUCGGUAGAUUGUGAGCGGUUGAGACAUUCUCCUCGAUUUGGACGAAUUUUCACUUCCUUAUUAGAUUAUUUUCAUCAUGCCAAAGAAAGAAGAAAGCUUAAAAUGGGCGUGCAAGUAUUGCACGUACUUUAAUUGGCCCUGUUCUGUAAAAUGCACUUUGUGCCGUGCACCAAGACCGCCUCGAGUUAUCACGCAAGAAGCAAGCAGAACAACAAAUGUAUCAGAGGAUAUUUACGAGGCUGCUAGCAGCGACAGGAUAAUCUCAACUGACCCGAUAAUUUGCUCGUCGAGCGACAACAAAAGCUUGUCACCACGACUAACCGAACAGACAGAAGACAACUCGAAAUGGACCUGUGCUUGUUGUACGUACGAAAAUUGGCCUAGGUCCCUUCACUGCGUGAUGUGCCGAGCUUCAAAACAAAAAUCAGGCAAGAACGGAAGGUACACAGAGUCUGGAAAUGGAAACAGGGAUGCUUCGUCGAAAAGUGUGUCUCCGAAGUCACCUCGUUCUGUUGGUAACAAUGGUAGGUUAGACUCCAAAACAAUCAACAAUGACAAAAACCGCGCGCUGUUGAAAAUUCACAAGUGGACUUGUCCGCAGUGUACGUACGAGAACUGGCCAAAAACUACGAAGUGCGUCCUUUGCAAGUGUUUGAAACCGGCCAAAAUAAAACAAGAAGAAGUUGCAAAGAACACGCUGCUAGACAAUAACCCAAAAAGACCAUCCACGUCGAAAAAGAGAUCGCCUACUUCAUCUGUCAGUGAAGCCACUUUAGAAAUCCAGCCAAGCAGUCAGAUUGGCGAAACGAUAAUUUAUGAUAUUCCAGCCUCGGAUGAUGUUAAUGAUAAUGAAGAAGUUCUCCAAAUCCGAAAUUGUUUAAAGGACUCUGACUGGCUGUGGUUGAGUGCUUGUAUAGGCGUUGUUGAAGGUGAUACGGCUUCUGUGGAGAGCUAUUUAAACUCGGGUAACGAUCUUUCCAGACAAUUGACAAGAGAAGAUUGUCUGGUGCUAAACCGACCUGGAGUGUUUGAAGUGGGGCACACAUUAGUACAUUUGGCCUUUAAAUUUAAAAGAGAGGAGCUCAUGACAAUUUUGCUCACUCCAGAAGUGACAAGCCAUCACUUAAGACGUGUCCCCUGCAUUGCAUGCCCUGAACUUGCUGCAGACAUUAGGAAACAGAUGGGUCACACCAUGAGGCAACGUAAAGGAGAUUGGCGUUGUUACUUCUUCACUGAUCAGGUUACAUUUGUUCUACCAGCAGAGGUUCAAGACUUUCCAGGAAGAGUACAGAGGCAAGUGUUUGAUGACAUCUUAGAUAGGGAAGUUCAAAGAGUUCUAGAGAUGGAAUCUCCUGUUAUCAACUGGAGUGAAGAGAUUACUGAACAGUUAGGAAGUAGGAUCUACCCCUUAUGGAAUCGUUCUGCUGGUGACUGCCUUCUAGACUCUGUUCUUCAAGCUUCGUAUGGUGUCUUUGACAGAGAUAAUACUCUAAGACGAGCACUUUAUGACAGCUUAACAGAAGGAGGCUCAAGGUUUUUCAGUAGGUACAAGGAGUGGGAAUCUAUGCAAGCAGAAACUCUUCAAUAUUCUCUAGAUGAAGAUCAAUGGGAACAGGACUGGGCCUCCAUUCUUAGUCUUGCUGGUCAGCCUGGAACUUCCUUAGAGCAGUCACAUGUAUUCGCUCUGGCACACAUUCUACGCCGACCUGUUAUCAUUUAUGGUGUGAAAUAUGUCAAGAGUUUCAGAGGAGAGGUGCUUGGGCUUGCUAGGUUUCAAGGAGUCUAUCUACCUGUUUUAUGGGAACAGACUUUCUGUUGGAAGAAUCCAUUAGUAUUAGGCUAUACAAGGGGACAUUUCUCUGCUUUGGUGGCAAUGGAAACUGAUAACUCUAAUGAACUUGGUGCAGGAGCCAAUGUGGAUAGUAUAGACAGUGUUCAUGUGACCUAUUUACCUCUGGUUGACUAUGAGGGCAAAUUGCUACCAGUUCACUUUUUGUCUGCAGAGGAGAGGGGUAGUGAAGAGCGCCUGUUGCAUGAGUGGCUAGACUGUUGUGUGACAGAAGGUGGGGUCCUAGUGGCAAAGCAGAAGCUGACACCAAGACCUGCACUUGUCAACCAACUGAUUGAUGAUUGGUUAGAUCGCUACAGGAAACUAAACAAAACCAAAUGAUAAGGAUUUUGGGUUAGAACUAGAUACUUAAGAUACUAACUAUGCCUUUGUGUGACACGGACGUUCUGUGUUGACA